AGUUUAGUGACUGAAAUGAAAAAAACUCGAAAGUUCAAUGAUGGUCAGAAUCAAUUACCCGUAUAUAAUGAAAAGUCUAAGCCCAAAUCAAGUGAUCAGCCCAAAAAGAUUAGCUUUACUUUUGUAGAUUUUGCGAAGGGUUUACAGUGGAAACCAAAAUUGAUAGAAAUCGAAAUGAGAGGAUAUCCAAUAGGAAGAAGGAUCUCCAAUACUAAGCCAUCCUUUUCUUCCACCUUCUCCACUUCCUCCGGUGGUGGUGGUGGUCGAGGCCGUGGGCGCGGCAUCUCCGGUGACUUCAUAAGAGCACCUGCUUCAUCUGAUGCACCCAAUCCAGAACCGCCACAGCAGCAGCAGCAGAAGAGAAUAAUCGGUCAUGGCCGUGGUACACCAAUUCUGCCUUCGUUCGAAUCAUUUAUAUCCUCGAUAGGACGCGGCCGUCCCACUACCGAACCAGUUCCUCCAGCAAAGAUUGAGUUUACACCCUCACGCACUCCAACUCUUCCAUCUUCCAUUCAAUCUGCACUGCACGGUGCGGGCCGUGGGAAACCCGAAAACCCGGUGAGUCCCCCUCCUGCUCAGCAAGAAAAGGAAGAGAAUCGACAUAUUAGAAGCCGCUCCAGCUCCAGCUCCAGCUCCAAGCCGCCGGCCAAGACAGAAGAAACACGCCCCAAAAUUAGCCGGGACGAGGCAGUGACGAGGGCAUUGUCUAUAUUAUCACAGGGAGGGCCUGAUGGGAUGGGGAGAGGCCGGGGCGGAGGGCGAGGAAGAGGGAGAGGCAGAGGCAGAGGGAGAAUGGAUGAUUUAGAGGAAGGGGCCGGAAGUGGGUUGUUUUUAGGUGAUAAUGCUGAUGGGGAGAAGCUUGCCCAAAAGCUUGGCCUUGAGAAUAUGAAUAAAUUGGUUGAAGGUUUCGAAGAGAUGAGUGCCAGAAUAUUGCCUUCUCCUAUGGACGACGCUUAUUUGGACGCCUAUCAUACCAAUUGUAUGAUUGAGUUUGAACCAGAGUACUUGAUGGGACAGUUUGAUCAAAAUCCAGAUAUUGAUGAGAAGCCUCCUAUGCCUCUCCGAGACAUGCUUGAGAAGAUCAAGCCAUUCAUAAUGGCGUAUGAAGGAAUUGAAAGUCAUGAACAGUGGGAGGAGGUUGUUGAAGAAACAAUGAAGAGAGUUCCGUUACUGAAAGAAAUUGUUGAUCACUACAGUGGACCUGAUAGAGUUACCGGAAAGAAACAACGAGAAGAACUAGAAAGAGUUGCAAAAGCUAUUCCUGCAAGUGCACCAGCUUCAGUAAAGCGAUUUGCUGAUCGUGCAGUUCUAUCUCUUCAGAGCAACGCUGGUUGGGGAUUCGACAAGAAAUGCCAAUUAAUGGAUAAGCUUGUGAGGGAGGUUAAUCAAUGCUACAAGUAAAGGUUCAUAAUUUCAGAGCAUCAGGUCAACAAUUAGAAUCGAAGGCUAGUCAGUUUUAGUCUUUUCUUAUUGUGUGUUUGAUUCAAAUGAAUUUUGUAAAAUUCUACGGAAUUCAUUUGUAAAUGAAAAGAGUUACCUAAAACUCUACUUCUGUAGAACUAGUUAUGUUCAUUUCAAAUGAAUUAUAGAAUAAAUACUUUUGCAUAUGAAAUGAAUCAUAGAGCAAGGGAUUAGACAA